UUUGUCUGGGGGAAGCAUAUAAAAACCCUGCACCAGGUUGGAGAAAGAACUUUACUGUUUGGAGUCGCUGGGAAGAGCCAAUCAAAGCUCUAAGAAAGGAGGUUCAGGGAACUCUCCCAGUCCAGAGCUUUUAAUACCACUGUGAGGAGAAUGGGAAAACUCAUUUUAAGGCAAAAGAGGCCUUCUGUUCGACAAAAACGUUGGCAGAGGUCUGAGGAAAGCACCAAGUGUGACAGACACCAAGAGGAUAAGCAGUUGUUCUGUGUGGAUGAUCAGAUGCUUGUCUGUGUGUCCUGUUCACAAUCCCAGGAACAUGAGGAUCACACAUUCCAACCCAUAGAAGAUGCUGCUAAGCUCUACAGGGAAAAACUCCUGGAGAAUUUGAAACUCGUAAAUGGAAAUUUAAAUGAUGUUCAGAAGCUCAUACGUGAGGAGAAGAAGAUACCUCGGACAUGGGCAGUGGUGUGGACAGAAGAAGGAGAAAUGUCAAGAGGUAUGUUUGAGGAAAAAUUUGAAGAAAUAAGAGAUUUCCUGAGUGAUGAAGAAGAGGAGGUCCACAGUCUUGUGGAACUGAAUGAAGAGGAGAAUGAAAUGUUUGAGAAGCUGAAGAAGCUGGAGACCCAGCAAGAAAUUCAAAACAGACAACAAAAGUGGUUAAGCAAUCUCCGAAUGUCCAGACACAAGAAUGACCUAAGGGAAAUGGCCACAGCAUUGGAAGAAAAGUCUCAGAUGCCAGAUAUGAACCUUUUGCAGGAUGUUGAAGACACACUGAACAAGAGUGAAUUGUUGUUGCUUCAAAAGCCAGAACCUUUCACACCAAAACUGAGCAGUUCUUAUUGUAUGAAUUUAAGAAAAUUCCUGAAGAAAUUUCAAGAAUCUCGAUGGCUGCAGUGUCAUUAUCCAUAUGAAUUGCCUGAUGAUGACAGAAAGAGGACGUUCACAUUUUCAGACAUUACCUCAGGUCACAUGUAUGCUGUUUAUACCUCUGGAAGUCUCCACUACAUGAAUGGAAGAGACUUGUCUAUUACACAGCUAAAGGGGAAUGACGAUUUAAAAGAGGAUCCAGACUGUUCCAUCUUCACCUGUUAUUGCUUGCCAAUUGAAAGGGAACACGCAAAUGACUUCUCUUCUUGCCCCUCAGUAGAAUGGCAUUAGGUCAGAGGUUUGGGCAAAAUAAGAUUUCAAGAUGAUCCUAGAACUGAAUCCCACUUUUUAAUCUGAUGUAGAAAACUGUUAGUAGGACAAAUGUCAAUUUUGUUUUUGGUUUUUUUUUAUGAAGAAGCUAUACAUAAAGUGGAAUGUGUUCUACAGAAAAUAAUCUGUAAAAGCUUCCCCAUUUCCCUCCUUUCUUUUUAUUUCAUACUGGAAUUUCAUCUAUGGGAAAUAGGUAUUGAAUUUAGAAUAAGGAAAGACUUGUUAGAACCUCACCCCUCUAGUAACUGCUGACUGUGCAUGGAUAGACUGUUUUGCCACAGAUUGAUAAGAAUGUCACAAUACAAAUUUAAUACUCGAGGAGCCUAUAUGCCUUUUACCCAAAUUCAAAACCCCCAAUCCUGAAGCCAUUGAUAUUAACGUCACAUACUUUAUGCUGUUAUAAUUUGAUUAUUCAGAAAGAAUUGAGAUGCUAAUUAGGAACAGUAACCUCUUUCAGUCCUUGAUGGGUGUGGUAAAACGAAUAGAUUAGAUUAUUUUAGUCUGAAUUUCCUUUGCUGUUUCAGCAUCCUAGUCCAUCUUGAUAACUUUAGAUUUCUCCUUGGGUUCUGUUUUUGAGAGUUCUAUUGCAUGUCCUCAAGAUAAUUUAAAAUUUCAACAUGUCCAAGACAACUUUCUUGACAGACAGCUCUUGACUUCCAACCUUUUAAGGGGACACCUUCCUUCCAUUUAUCAGGUUUAUCAAGGUAAACAAUUUACAUAUAAGUGAAUUGAAAUCUUACCUGGGUAAAUAGUAAAUCGGGUAAGAUUGUGGCAAGAACUGGAAAAGACUUUCCAUAGUAGGUGAUAAUUAAAUGUCUUUGAAGGCAAUCAAUCAAUAAGCAUUUGAAGUGCCAAAGAUGUGCCCAGUACUAUAUGAAUAUAAAAACAAAUGGGAAAACAAAAGAGA